AUGGGUCUACUGAGUUCUAAAAACCCCGAAACCAAGCAAGCCCGGAUUCUUCUUUUGGGACUUGACUCAGCUGGGAAGUCUACCCUCCUUUACAAAUUAAAGCUUGCUAAGGAUAUUACGACCAUCCCAACAAUAGGUUUCAACGUGGAGAUGAUCGAGUUGGAAAAGAGUCUUUCACUCACAGUCUGGGAUGUUGGAGGACAGGAAAAAAUGAGAACCGUGUGGGAGUAUUACUGUGAGAACACCGAUGGGCUGAUGUAUGUUGUGGAUAGUACGGACAAGCAGCGACUGGAAGACUCCAGGAGAGAGCUGAAGCACAUUUUGAAGAAUGAACACAUUAAAAAUGUGCCUGUUGUCCUGUUAGCCAACAAACAGGAUGUACCUGGAGCUCUGACUGCCGAGGACAUCACCAGAAUGUUCAGAGUGAAGAAGCUCUGCAGUGACCGGAACUGGUAUGUGCAGCCCUGCUGUGCCAUCACCGGGGAUGGACUGAUGGAGGGGUUCAGGAAAUUGACUGGAUUUGUGAAAAGCCACAUGAAAUCAAGAGGAGACACUUUAGCAUUCUUUAAGCAGAACUGA